AUGGGUUCAGAUUUACAUUAUGGUAAACAAAGAGUAGAAUUCUUCACAGAAAGUCAAGAUCAUUAUGAAAGAUGGUAAUCAGCUUUGAAAAGGUACUGUAUUCUAACCAAAUUUAACAAAAAAUACAAACUUAUAUGUAAACAUAAAUUAAAUGAACCUUAUCCAUCAUGUACUUAUAAAGCUUAAAGAAAUUCUGAUGGACUAUUCUUUUAAAUUAGAAUCAUUGAAAAGAGUUAACUAGAUGAUCCAGGCUUAGUCUUAAAUGAUAUAGCUAUUUUAAGAAGAGUUGAUCAUGUUUAUGUGUAAAGAUUGUAAGAAGUCUAUGAAGAUUAAGUUUACCUAUAUAUUGUAUAUGAUCAAUAUGCUGGAAGAGAAUAAAAAUUUUUACUUCCCCAAUUGUUAUAGACUAGUGAAAAAGUAGUAGCAGAAUUACUUUAUAAAUUAUUAUUGGGAUUACAUCACAUACAUAGUAAAGGAGUUUUCCAUAGAGAUAUAAAAUUUGACAAUAUUUUCAACAGAUUCCCUGAUUGUAUUACUGAUUGCUGUCUUGUCAAUUUUUCAAGUGCUGAUUUUCAUGAAAAUAAAAUGCAUAGAAGAAUAGGCACUCCAGGAUUUAUGGCUCCAGAAAUCUUCAAAACCAAAUAAUAUGAUUAAUAAAUUGAUGUAUUCUCUUUAGGAGUGAUAUUUUAUUAUAUUGUGUUUGGUAAGAUGCCCUUCGGGACCGAUUUAAAUGAAGUGCUUUCAAAAAAUGAAUAAGGAGACAUUGAUUAUCCAGAAUUCUGUAGAAUCUCUAUCAGUGGUCUUUAAUUGAUGAAGCUAAUGUUACAAAAGGAUCCCUAAAAAAGAUGCACUUCUUUUUAAGCUUUAAAUCAUCACUGGUUUAUAAAUUUAAAAAUAAGAGAUUUAUUGGGAAAACCUAGUGUGAUGAUGAAUCAAAUGAAAAUGGGAUCAGGACUUAAUUUAUCAACAAUUUUGGAAAAAUCUGAUAUGAUAGAUAAUUCAAAUAUGUCAAUUGCUAUCACUCCUAGAGGUGUUAUUAAGAAAAGCUAAAUGUCAAGAUCCAAAUCUACAGAUAUAAAUAUUUUGGAUUAAGAAUUUAUUUAUGAGACUGUUGCUGAUAAAAUGAAAUGCUUAUCAAACACUAUCCCUCAACCAUCUAGAAUUAAGCACAAAUAAAAUAAACUGUAAAUGUAAAAAUGA